CCACAGUCCAGCCCAUAAACAGCUAUUCCAAUCCGAAGCCCAUCUCAGCCGUCUCUCCGUCCCCACCUUCCUUUUUUCACACAGUUCACUCUUGAGACGAUAAAACCAGACGAAGAAAAACCAGCAAAAAACCCUAGAUUACGACUCCGUUUGACCCGAAUCCGUGCUCCGAUAUGGAACCCGAAGAGGCUGCCGACGGAGCCACCAUCGAGGAGGACGAGAUCUACGCCAACGGCGGCGAGCCGCAGCGGCACCGUCCGAUCAUCAGCGGCGAGCAGCUCGAUGUCGAGGCGUACGCCGCGCUGUACGCCGGCCGCACGAAGAUCAGCCGCCUCCUCUUCAUCGCCGAGAACUGUGGCGUUGCGUCCAUGGAGCUAGAGGCCCUGCGGCUUGCGUACGACGAGAUUAAGAAGGGAGAGAACACGCAGCUGUUCAGGGAGGUCGUGACGAGGAUUGGCGGGAGGCUGGGCCCGAAUUACGGCGCAGAUAAUGCCUGGGCCGAUGCUGUCGACCGGAGGGCUGAGCUGAGGAAGGAGAAGCUCGAGAACGAGCUGAAUGCUUACAGGACAAACUUGAUCAAAGAAAGCAUUCGGAUGGGAUACAAUGAUUUUGGAGAGUUCUACUAUGUGCAUGGUCAACUUGGUGAGGCAUUCAAGAAUUAUGUCCGGACACGUGACUACUGCACCACGUCGAAGCAUAUUAUUCAAAUGUGCCUGAAUGCUAUAUUAGUUAGCAUUGAGAUGGGCCAGUUCACGCAUGUUACGAGUUAUGUUAGCAAGGCCGAGCAAAGCCAAGAUGCUCUGGACCCUGUUACAGUUGCGAAACUGCGUUGUGCUGCUGGAUUGGCUCAUUUGGAAGGGAAGAAGUAUAAGCUUGCUGCAAGAAAGAUCACAUUUCCGGCUUUGUCCUCAACAGAGAGAGCCUACUUCCAAACCCCAUCUCAGAGAUCACUAGCCAUAAUCUCAACAUUCUUGUUCCUGGAAACUGGCCCUGAACUGGGGAACAAUUACAAUACUGUAAUCGCACCUCAAGAUAGCAAAGUCAUCGACAACAUCACCUUCAGGAAUUUUUUAGAAUUGGUUCCUGAAAUAAGGGAGUUGAUCAAUGAUUUCCAUACUAGCCACUAUGCUUCCUGUCUGGAGUAUCUAGGAAAUCUCAAGGCAAAUUUGUUACUCGAUAUCCAUUUGCACGAUCACGUCGAAACUCUGUACGAGCAAAUACGGAGCAAAGCCCUCAUCCAAUACACGCUCCCUUUUGUCUCUGUCGAUCUCCGCAUGAUGGCAAAUGCAUUCAAUACAAGUGUUACGGGCCUGGAGAAGGAGCUUGAAACUCUCAUCACCAAAGAUCAAAUACAGGCUCGUAUAGAUUCUCAUAACAAAAUUCUAUAUGCUCGGCAUGCGGACCAGAGGAACGGGACAUUCCAGCGUGUUUUGCAGACUGGCAAUGAAUUUGAUCGGGAAGUGAGGGCCAUGCUUCUGAGGGCAAACCUCGUCAAACAUGACUAUAACCAGAAGGCAUCAUCCAGAAAGCACUAGAUUUGUAUAGUUACAAGAAGAUGGUAUGAAGAGGAGUUCUAUUUUGGUGCUGCCAAUUGCCAUGCAGGGUUUNAAACCAUAACAAAAGAAUUUACAAGGUCUGCGGAAAGAUAAUUCAUGUGAAGUUUUGAGCUUUGGCUCCCAGAAAUUGGCAUUUAGGAGUAAUAUCUUUAGGUAUAUUAUGUUAGAACCUUCUGUAGAUUUUGUUUAUUAUGAAACUUUUCUGAAUUUGGUUUCUCUUUAUCUCCUUCCCAGCCCUCCUUUUAUUUUUAAGCAUUGACUGGUGAAAAUGUGAUGUUCCUUCUUUACACUCGAGCAAAAUUUGAACUGAUAAAAUUUGGG